AAACACCCGGCAACACCGCACCCAACUGAUAACCACCUCCGCCACUUUCUCGAUCCUCGAUCCACAGUCGAUCGCGAUCCGCAGCGCAGGUUCCAUGCGCCGCCAAACCGCCGCACCGGUCCAGUUUACGUGCUCUUCAAGUACCCUCCAAAUCCUCCGAUGCAGCUGCAGGUGUGCAACGAUCCGCCGGCACGGGGCCAUCACCGGCGGCCCGCCGCCAUCCUGGACUCGCCAACGCUCGCCAGGGUCGAGAGGGCCAUGCUGAGACACGACGAGGGCUCCGACAGGGAGGGCCAGGACGUGCUGAGGGCUCGUUAUACGCAGUCUCUCCUUUCCAACUUCGGCAAGGAGUCAGCACACGUGAUCAAGCGAGGCCUGAUGUGGCAGCAGCGAGACAAGUUCUUCAGCAGAUGGAAGGAGCGCUAUUUCGUGCUCACCAGGGACUAUUUGCACGUCUUCAGAAGGGCCUCAGGGGCCGAUAGGAUAUCCGAGAUGGGCCAGUUCAUUUUCAAAGUGAAGCUGAUCGACGUGGUGAAACUCGAGUGGGAAAACAAAAAGACUUAUAGCACAGUUGCUCUAAUUCUCGGCCGAGAUGGAAAAAUCUAUCUGAGGUCACCCGAAGGACUAGAGGACUGGUAUGAACUCUUGGAAGAGUGCAUGUUCACUAGUAAGGAGAGGAGAAAAGCCCUAAGAUAUUCACACAACGAUGGCAGGACUAGCAAGGAUAAUAAUAAUGAUGGGGAUUAUUUGGAACAGUGCAAAGCUAAUCGUCAAAAAAUGCAGUUCGGACGACUAGCUACAGAUACAGCCAGUACUAGAGAAGAUACAUCAGUAUCAGUUAAUAGAAGACUCAAAACUGCGAGAGAAGAAGACUGGGAACCAGAUUAUAUUAAUAGACUUUCCUUAUUAACUGACAUCGAUAUUUCAACGUACGACGACAGUACCCUGGGUGCACCAUCAAUAACUUCUUAUAGACUGAAUGACGACGUUUUCUGUGUCCAGCCACCAUCUUUGAGAACAACGAACUCUUUCAGGUCCUCUAGGGAUUCCUCUAACUCAACAUCCAAAAGGAAUCCACCAGAUAGUAAUCAUCAGUACUUCAAGUUCAGAGAACGUUCCUACAGUGAUAUUCAUCGCGUUCGAAACUGACCAUCAGGUAUACUCAAUAAGACACCAAGCUCAUCACCUAUAUUUAUGUGCUGUAAAAUAUUUUUUGUUUUACCUAUAGUCUAUUUGACUAGUCAUUCCCCAAAGAUCUUGAUGCUAAUGUUCUUAUUGGCAGAAAACUCACCAUUAGAAGCUAUGUAGUUUGAAUCUAUCAUCAGGCAUCAAUAAUUGAUAGUAAUAUAAGUAUUCGAUGUAGGUACCUAGGUAUAUAUACCUAUCGGUAUCUGUAUCUUAUAAGUUACCUAUUCGAAAUAUUAUGUUUAAGAUAUUAUGUUUAAGAUUAUGUUUACUGAAAUAUAUGUAUAUGGUAUCAACCAUGUUAGUGAAUGGUAUGUACGAACUGAUAUGUGACAAUCCUUGAAUGUUUUUUAAUUCGUGUUUGCAAUAUUGUAAUAGUACAGUUAUGUAUUUUUCACAUGUAUUUAUGAUUAAAUGGUUUAUUACAAA